AUUUCCACGUCGUCCGGCCAUAAUGCUUUCUUGAGUUCUGGGGAUGAACUCCAUCACACUGCUACGCGAUGGGGCGACAAGCGUAUUUGAAUCGACUGGCUCUGGGCCGGUCCCCAUAUGAAGCUCCGGAGCGUCCCCAAGGGCCUACCGCAGAGCUUGCUCAUCCUGCCCAGCGAAGGAGAUCAGCUUUGCAUGCGGAUGAUUAUGUCCAACAUUAUGAUGAAAGAGGUCAUCCCGUCAACCCCGAAUCAAAAGUCUUCGGUAGACAGCUUCGACGAGCUAAAAACGACAUUCUUUCAACUAUGGGAAUCGUCGUCAGUGAAGAUGGAACCGCCAGUGGCCCUACUGAACAACAGAGAGCCGACAUGCUAGCCGCCGAGAAUGAUUACGGAUUGGUUAUGGCUACUAUAGACCAGGUUUCGGUCUUUCUCGGCGGGUGGUGGGCAUCGUCACUCGCAGGCCGGAUACAAACCUUCAAAAGCUACACGCACGCUCCUUUGUCGGGAAUCAUCAGUUAUGAGCGUGCAUUCCUUGGUGUCCCUAGGUUUUAUUUCGCAGGGAUUCCGGCCUGGGCUAUGUCGACAUGCCUGUCUAUCUGCAGACAUCAUCCGCUGGAGCGUCUAAUUUCAUUGGUACAAAGCCAAUUUCCGGAUGAUGACUUAUUGUCCAAGACUGUCCGCGCGUCUUUUAACGUCUUACAUUCUGCGACGAGAGGAACGCUGCUUGUUUUAGCUGUACAGACAUACAUGUUUUCUUUAUUGCAGUCACUUCAUCUUGUGCCUUCAUCAUUUUUCCCAGCAGCUAGAUUUCUCAUUCCGUUCGGUGACAUGGCCGCUAUUCAGUUCCCGUCCUUGCCUACGGACUUCUCACUUCAGUCACUUGGUGAAUAUUGUUUGACCUUGGCAAAGGCACCUUCGCUCUUGCUCUAUGCCUAUAUGUACCUGCGCCCGGUCAUAGAAAUACGGCUCUAUCGGUUAAUACGCAGGCGGUUACCCAAGCCUACUCUGGCCGAUGAGCUUUCCAUCAAAGUGGCGACUGACAACGACCUUAUCGACUGGAUGGUUCCAACGCUGGGGCGCAGAUCCGAGGAGGAAAACCGUCGGAAUAACAUGUCUUUUGGCGAAGACAUAAUGUAUGAAGUGAACUUCUUGCGCAGAUGGGUUCUGUCCUGGUUUGGUUUCAAAUCACAACGGGCACCACGCGCAUCAGAGCAAGUAGUGGAUGCACGACGCAGGCGAGAAUGGCUCGAAUCCUUACCACUGAGCGUGGAGCAACUGUCAAAUGAACGACAGACUAGGGCCCGGCAGCUACAACUCCAGUCGACAGUUCCGCCUCCCCCAGAAGAAGUGAUCCGUGCUCACGCAGCUGCUUCUGGAACGCCUGCAGCCGAUCUGGGUGAUAUCGGCAGCAAUCGAGUCUUGCCCAGCGAAGAAAAUCCGAUCUCUCAAUCACCCGCAGAAAUGAGUGCUGGAGAAUUCCCUGACCUGGCUCCCCUGGACCGAGUGAAUGCUGUGUCUCCCGCUAAUGGCACACCUGCCCCUGUGGAUGAUGCAGAGGAUAACCACCGGGAACAUGCCUCUGAAAGCCGGCGGAGCUCUCGCUCCAAUACUUUGUUCUCCCGACCAUCAUCUCCUGCUACAUCCUCUCCGACCUCACCUCGUGUUCGGGCUUCCUUGAUUCAUCAGAACUCCGAUGUUAUCACAAUGCAACUAGAACUUUUGGGGAACCGAAAUACACCAAACAAUGGCCAGCUUAUUACGAGGGCAGCGGUUGAUGCUGACCAGGCCAAUGCUACUGGUAUACCAACUGGCCGCCGGUCAUUCUCGGACCUUUUGGAUGCUCUUUUGGCCAACCAAGGUCAGAACAUCACCGCCAUUGUCAACCCUGAUACAGUUGACAGUGAUGGGCUUUCUAAUCUUACCGCCGCUAUUUCACCCGAAGGCGGAGAAAGCCCACUGGCCAUUUCACCCCAUCAGAUAAACCCGAGGGCUGAGACCCCAGGCAAUGGUCCAGAGCCAGUGUCGACACUAGCCAGCAUCUUGCCGGACAGUGUCGAGGAGCCAGGCCCAGAAGAUAACCAUGACGGGAUCCCUGACCCGGAACCCCUUGAAAAUGAUUUUGAUUCAGAAAUAUACCCGCGGAUUUCUGACCCCAACGUUCGCGAGCAAACAGCCGCCAGCACUUCCUCUUCGAUCGCUCACCGAGUUACGAUCCUUUCUUCGCACCCCGUUGAUUCCCUCGCGUCUCAUCUUGCAACCAUGAUCACCGGCGUGCUUUUUCUCCCGCUUGAAUCACUCUACCUGCGUUCGGUUGCUUCCGCCUUUCUGUCAUCCAUAGAAUCCCCUCCUGGACUGAGCUCUGACGUUCGUGAUUUGGGUGCAUGGGGCGGCGGUGGCUCGCGAGCUGAUAUUGCAGCCUACAUGGGGAAAAUGGUCCUGAUGCUAGGCAUGCAAGCCGCUGUGAAUGCUAGCGUUUGGGGCAUCGUUUCCGGUGCAGCUAUUAAAAUCGGAAGGAAGUUUUGUGGCUGGGGCACUCUAUGAGUCUGUGUAGUCUAGAAACUGUCGACUACUGAGGGACAUAAGUUAUAGAUCAAAUUAGUCGACGAUAGCGGCAAGGGGAAAUUUUGCCUAUUGUACCUAAGCAUGAGCUG